AUGUUCGUGGAAGCCCUGGAGAAGACGCGGCCUUUCCGGAUGGCAGCGUUUGAAGAGGAGCCUGCGGUUCCGCCACAGCAGCUGGAUAUCGCACACGGCCUGGAAAACCUGCCUGUGAGCGCGUGGCCGCCGGGGGCCGGGCCCGGGCCCUUCCAGUACACACCUGAUCAUGUAGGUGGACCCGGAGCAGACAUUGAUCCCACUCAAAUAACCUUUCCUGGAUGCAUUUGUGUCAAAACUCCUUGCCUCCCUGGCACUUGCUCCUGUCUCCACUCUGAGGAAAAUUAUGAUGAUAAUUCAUGCCUUAGAGAUAUAGGAUCGGAAGCAAAGUAUGCCAAGCCUGUUUUUGAAUGCAAUGUCCUGUGCCAGUGUGGUGACCACUGCAGAAACAGAGUGGUCCAGAGGGGUCUGCAGUUCCACCUCCAAGUGUUCAAGACAGAUAAAAAAGGUUGGGGACUUCGUACCUGGGAAUUUAUACCAAAAGGAAGAUUUGUCUGUGAAUAUGCUGGCGAAGUUUUAGGAUUCUCUGAAGUACAGAGAAGAAUUCACUUGCAAACAAUAUAUGACUCAAAUUACAUAAUAGCCAUCAGGGAACAUAUUUAUAAUGGGCAGAUAAUGGAAACUUUUGUUGACCCUACCUGUUUAGGAAAUAUUGGAAGAUUCCUUAAUCAUUCUUGUGAGCCAAACCUACUGAUGAUUCCUGUCCGGAUUGACUCAAUGGUACCUAGGUUGGCACUCUUUGCAGCCAAAGACAUUUUGCCAGAAGAGGAACUCUCUUAUGACUAUUCAGGAAGGUUUCUUAAUCUAAUGGACAGCGAAGACAAAGAAAGGCUGGAUAACGGAAAACUAAGAAAACCUUGUUACUGUGGUGCCAAAUCGUGUACUGCUUUCCUACCUUAUGACAGUUCGCUGUACUGCCCCUUAGAAAAGCCAAAAGAACCAAGCAUGUGUGGCUCAGCGUCUUAUGCAUUCCCCUCUUCCAAGCAACUUACCCUUGAGGCAAGUCUGCUCUGUGGCAAGCAG